UCAACGAGAGUGGAUGCGUGCGUGUGAGCUGGAUGGGAGGGAGGGGGAGGAGGGAGGGGGGAGGGGGUACAGGGUUGUGGUGGCAGCUCUGGGGCGCUGCUCUCGGCCUGACAGACUGCGCUCCUUCCUCUACCUCGACUUCAUCGACAGAGAAAAGAGGCAACACGUCCUCCAGAAGCUUGUUGAAACCAUUCAUUCGUCAGUUAGUGAUCAUUCAGAGAGUGUUACUGGGGAACCUGAAGAUGAUGCACAGGAUGAAGGCUACAGAGAGACUGAGGCGGAAGCAGCUGCUAACGAGAGGGGUUCUCUCCCGCUGGGAGGGUGUGAGGUCGGUGAGGAGGAACAGAGGAGACUCGAUCAAGAGUUUGAAGAAGCCUUCAGCAGCGAGCAGUUUUCUGACCCCAUGCCUCAGUUUGGGGGAGAGAAGAGACGAGAGAGAGAGGGGAGAAACCAGAGUGAUCCCAGAAUGGUGGAUAUCUCCAGUGGGAAGAUGGGAGUAAAAGAGGAGGUGGAGGAGGGGGAGAGUCGAUCUGAGGAGGUGGAGGGAGAGGAGAGGAAGAGAGGGAGACGAUCUGAGGAGGUGGAGGGAGAGGAGAGGAAGAGAGGGAGACGAUCUGAGGAGGUGGAGGGGGAGGAGAGGAAGAGAGGGAGACGAUCUGAGGAGGUGGAAGAGGGAGAGGUCAGCGACUCCUCCACUGAAGACAAGACCAGUGGGGAGAAGACCGCCGGUGAGAUUGGACAGAGCGAACAGGUGGCCAAGUUUUACAACGAGCUCGCCAGGCCGGAUGCCGACAAUAGAGAUGAGAGCCCCAUAUUCUACAUGAGGAACUUCAAUAACUGGGUGAAGAGUGUACUCAUUCGCACGUACAUCCAGCCACACAUCACGGUCAUGGACCUCUGCUGUGGGAAAGGAGGUGAUCUUCUCAAGUGGAAAGAAGGAGGCAUUGGGUACAUCGUGUGCGCUGAUAUAUCUGAGAGCUCAGUGGAGGCGUGUCAAGGCCGCUACUGGAGUCCCAGGAUGUCUGUGAGGGGAACUGGAAAACCUCCGUUUGGGGCGGAGUUCCACAUGGCAGACUGCUGCACGGUGAGACUGAGGGAGAGAUACAAGAACUCUGGCCGCAGUUUCAACAUUGUCAGUUGCCAGUUCUCCGUUCACUAUUCCUUCGAGACGUACCCCAGGGCCCACAUGAUGUUGCGCAACGCCUGCGAGAACUUGCGUCCUGGAGGAGUCUUCAUCGGAACUACAGUCGAUUCCAAUGAAAUUGUACGCAGACUGAGAGAGGCUGAUCAGAGGAGAGAGGACGGGAGUUGGUACAUUGGGAACGACGUUUUCUCCGUGACCCUUGACCCCGACCUUGACCCCAGGGAGAGUCUUCCGCUGUUUGGAGCAAAGUACAACUUCAAGUUGCAUGGAGUGGUCGACCUUCCCGAGUAUCUCGUCCACUUCCCUCUCCUGGAAGAGAUGCUCAAGGAUUUUGAUAUGGAGAUGAUUCUGUGCCAGAAUUUCACAGAUUUCUUCAGCGAACGGCGGCACGAGCCACCCAACGCUAACCUCAUGUUCAAGAUGCAAGCCUUCAACCGGCAGACAGCCACCAUGCCCCCUGCACUCUGGGAAGUAAUUGGCCUCUACUUGGUGUACGUGUUUCGCAAGAGAGACAGACGAACACACUGACACUAAUUACCCCAAAACCAUCUUCAUUCUUGCCAGUCUAUCAAUCAGACUCCAUCACUUCACCAUGUAUAUCAGACAAAAGACACAG